GUCCCGGGCUCAGGUGAGCUGUGGUCAUGGCUCAGGAGGACGCGGUGAGGUGUCUGCGCUGCCUGCUGUACGCUCUCAACCUGCUGUUCUGGCUGAUGUCGGUGUGUGUCCUCGGAGUGGCAGCGUGGAUCAGAGACACCCUGAACACCGUGCUGACCCUGACGGCCCACACCAGGUUGGAGGAAGCUGCUGUCCUCACGUACUCUCCAGCGGUCCAUCCCGUCCUCAUCUGUGCCUGCUGCCUCCUCAUCAUCGUGGCCAUGGUGGGAUACUGCGGCACGCUGCGGUCCAACCUGCUGCUGCUCUCCUGGUACUUCAGCUGCCUGCUGGUGAUGUUCUGCGUGGAGCUGGCCUCUGCUGUGUGGACGUACGACGAGCCCUCAGCACAGCGCGCUGACAUGAUCAGCCUGAAGUUCCGGAUGCCGAACUACGGCCUGCAGCGUUAUCAGUGGCUCACACACACCUGGGACAGCUUCCAGACACAGUUUAAAUGCUGCGGGGUGAUCUACUUCACCGAUUGGCUGGAGAUGACGGAGAUGGAGUGGCCUCCUGACUCCUGCUGCACCACCCAGUACCCUGGCUGCGCUCGCCACGCCCACCAUCAUGACCUCAGCGACCUCCACCAAGAGGGCUGCGGACCGAAGAUCUACAGCUUCAUCAGAGGAACACGGCCGCUGCAGGUUCUGCGUUUCCUGGGGGUCUCCAUCGGCGUGGCGCAGAUCCUGGCCAUGGCGCUCACCCUCACCUUGCUCUGGGCGCUCUACUACGGUCGGCGGUUCCACGGCUCGGACUCACCUGUGACUGCUGGGCUGCCUGAGGACUCGGCUUCGGUCGCAGCGACCAACGGAACCAGCAGCGAGGCUUCAGGCCGUGGACGAACGAUUAAAGGACAGAGAGACGAGGCUGAGCUGAAACGUCCUCAGGUGGAGAUGGAGUGGCUCCACACGGCGGCGUAGCGUGGCAGCAGAAGACUUCCUGCUCCAUCAACAGAACUCACUUCCUGCUGACGCUCCAUUAACAGAACUCACUUUAUAAGCUGUGAGCCAGGAGCUCAAGAGACCAAGAUCUUUAUUUCUGCUCAUUCACAUGAAAACGUUUCUCAUGGGUUUUCAGUGAAAACAGGAGAUCUGAGCGCUCAGCUACAGUUCCUGGUGGAUCAUGAAGUAAAGUUGAACAAACGAGGUGAACGUCACCUGGACCUUUACAAACUGAUCUAACUUAACUUUAACUAAACAUUAAACAAACUGUAAAACCACAGAGGACUGAAGACAGCGCCCUGAGGAGCGCCUGAACGUCGUUUCUCCACCUGCUGCUCCAGCUGAGACCAGAUCUGCAGUUUUCCACCAUCAGGAGUUCCUGUGGAGAUGGAGAAGGUCCACCUGCACACAUCCUGGACUCAUGGGCCAGAGGAACCGGACCAAGAACCGGUCCUAGUUCAGCGCUGGAACCGCUCUGGUCAGAGCUUCAAUGGUCUCUGUUCUAUUCUAACUUAAACAGUCAUCAUCUCCUACAGGUGACCCAGAACCUUCUCUGUCCAACGGUUCUCAGCUUGGUCUCCAACCAGCGUGCUCUCUGAUCCAGGCAGGAAGUGAAACAUCAGGCAGAGACCUGCGGCUCCGUCAGACGGUACCAGGACAACCGCUCCUGAACUCCACCUGGCCCAGGUUCUUUCUGAACUUUGUUCUCCUUCCACCAAAGAGAAGAAGGCCUCGGCUCAGUCUGGAUGCUGCGGUUGGUUUCCCUCAGCUGAAGCUCCAGAGGACCAGCGUUGCCUUCAGACUACUUCUAUAAGAAGCUGGCUUCAGGAACCGAACUGUUGACCAAAGAGCUGCACCUUCUCAUGGACACCAUGGACAUGUUGGUGUGGAACGUUUGUGAGAAGCUGAGCAGGAUGUUGGACAUAUGUCACUGGAAUAAGACCAUCUAAGCUGUGACUGACCUUCUCUACCUCCUUACUCUUUACUCCCAUGGUGCAGGUUUCUCUGAAGCUUCCUCACCACUGAGCUUCAUCUGGAAGGGUUUGCUUUCGUUCCUGUACCUGCUGGUUAACGCAGACGGACAGGACGGACCACCAGCAGGUGGACCUAGCUGCACGGCUGGCUCAGAGUUUAGUCAUGAGGACGUUGUUCUGGUCUGCGAUGGUGAAGAAGGUGCUGAGCUGAAAGCUGAAGCUCUGGAUUUAUUAUCAUGUAUAUUCACUCCUUCACCGGUUCAGAACCGCAGGACCAUGAAGAGCAGAAACAGCAGGUGUGAUAAUAAUCCUCUUUAUUGUACAGAUAAAUAAGAACUUCUGUGUCGGCUUCACACACAUGCAUGGCUCUAGAAAAAUAUCAGCAGGAAUGGAAAGCAUUCAUUUCCCAUGAAAAACAUUGGAGGGAAAAAUAGGAAAUUAUUGUUGACAACAUCAAAGAACGAUUACAUCACAUGUUCACCAGAAACAAUAACUCUGAUCUUUACAGCCAAAGUCUCCAGAAUGUUCUGAAGUGAGUCCCAGAGAGCAGAUCUCUCCUUAAAUACCUAAAGUCCUCGUCUCUGGAUCACUUCAUCAUCUGUGAUGAUGUCCAGCCCAGAGAAGACCUCCAAGGUGGUCCAGUACAUCUGCUCUGUACUCACAAACGUUCCUCAUAAUAAUGUUGAGUUCUGCGCGGUACAUCCAGAUCAAGCUGCACCUUAAUGUUUCAUCAGAUACUAAAUAUUCCCACAUUCAUGCAGCAGCUCUCCUCCAGGCUGCAGCUCUGACGUCACCUUAACUUCCUCUGAGUCCUUCCCUCUGGAUGUUCUCUCACAGAGGAACCCGGAGAACCUGCAGCUCGUUGCUGAACAUCAGCUGCUUUAAUUCUGAGUUUCUGGAAGGACGAUGGAGCGAGUCCUGAUUGUGUCGGUCUUUGACCCUCAGCUGGGUCUGUAUCUGCUCUGCUGGACCUCAGUGGACCUCAGCGUUGUCCUGCAGAGGCUGCAUGGUGCUGCAGGGACCUUCAGGACUAGACUGGCUUAGAUCCCGUUAGUCUGACCGACUCCUUUGUUCCAGUUCAGCAGAAGUUUUCCCUGCAGCGUUUAUGCCCCUUUCCUUCUGUUAAUAUAAAAUUUAAUUAAAACUCAGGUUUUAAAUGCAACACUUGCAUGAAUCUGACAGAAAACUGAGGGGUUGCUUAAUAACUCAUAUGUACAUUCAGACCUUUUAAAGUAGAGAAACUUUUAUUUGUCCUGUGACUUUAAGAGCGUCCAGGCUGACUGGGCCCUGAGGCUGAGGAAGACUCUGGUAAAUACACCAUGAUGAAGGACAGCUGCUUGUUUCUGAUCCUGUCAGCAGGAAAAGCUUUCUACCCACCCUGCUGCUUGCUGCAGUGCAUCAUGGGCUGUGUAGUCUUCUAACGGGUAACAAAAGUUUCCUUUUCUAGAACUACAACAUGGGGAAUAGAUUCACAAUCUAUCAAGAAUGAAAACUGGGAAGAAGAAGAAACUGAUGUGUUAAAUUUAAGACGUUUGGUAAUCUGGACCUAAAACUGAGAUUAAUUAAAUUAAAGGUUUAGGGUUAGGGACAGCCACAGGCUUCAGUGCUCGGGUUAAUUCUCUUCUUCUUUGAACUUUAUGCUGAUGACAGAUAAAUGUCCACAACGAUCUAAAGCCAGCGACUUAAUCAGAAUACAGGAAUGCCAUCUUUCACUGUGGCUCAGUGGCUACAGGGGUAAUCAUGAAGUUAUGGGUUCAAUUCCAGCUCCCCCUCUCCCAUAUUGAUGCGCCCCUGGGCAAGGCACUUAACCCUAUGUUGUCCUGGGGAAUGUAUGCGUGUAUACUAGAGAGUAUAAAUCCAGUCCAUUCACCACCAGUUCCUGUUCUUUAACCUAGAACCUCCUUCCUCCACCUCUGUGACAUCACAGAGAUUUAGGACCUGAUAGGAAACAUAACAUUUUAUAACAACGAUUCUCCUGAAACGGUUCAUUUGUGCUUGGGACAGAAGAUCUUAAACAUCACAGAAAUGUUUGAUCUAAUCUGUGCUUUGGAAGGUUGUUGUGUUUUCUGAAGAACAGUUAAUGAUUUAUAAUGAUUUAUAUGUAAUAGAUGUGUAAAGUGAAGUGUUGUUAGUAAACAGAGGCCUCCAUAAUGUGCAGAUUACAGAAUUAUGAAUAAAAUCUGUCCAAUGAAACCGUGAA